AUGAAUUCUAAACUCUUUUCUCAAGAAAGAUACAAAGAAUCUGCAAUUGUAACUGAUUUUCCUCAAAUUACAAAUACUAGUUAUUCUAUAGGCAAGCUUGAAACUCCAAUCUAUUUUGAAAUUAUGCCAUUGCAUCACGAACUACCGAAAUUUGAAGCGCCAGAAGGCUACACAAUACCAGUUUGCCAAAAUUGUGGUGCAUUUCCUGUAAAUAUGCAAGAAAACGAUUCACCACGAUGGAAAUGCCAUGUAUGUGGACAACUCAAUGAAAAGAAACAAACGCAUAUAUUACCUUCCAUUAACGAUUUCGAUCUUUGCUAUACUUCUAAAGCUAAGAAGCCUUUAUUUUUAUUUAUAAUACAAAACUCAUCUUUCUUUACCAAUCCUGAUACAUUAUCUUCAAUUUUGGCCACAAUUGAUGAAUGGGCAGUUCAAAAUCCGAACAUAAAUUUGGCGUUUUUCACAGUUGGAACAAAUAUUACAUCUUUUGAUAUGAUGAAAAUGCGAACACAUAUAUAUUUUCCCGAUUCAAAACUUGAAAUUCCAAUUUUUUCAUCAGAAAACUGCAAAUUAUCUAAAUUUAUACCAAAUAUACAUGAAGAACAAAUAAUAGACUUUAAUGAUAACGUAAGAAAAAUAGUAAGAAAGCUAGAUACGAAUACUCCUGUUGUAAUGACUUUAUUUGCCUCAAAAUGUGACUCAUCACCAUCUCUUUUGAUUAAAAUGAACAAUAGAGGCAAUAUUGCAGUCAACUUAUACUGUCAACAUGAUGAAUCUAUGUAUAAUCUUGCGAAAAAUUCUUUCAAAGUCCAUAUCUUUGAGGAUACAGAAGGCCAGCUGAUAUCACCCAUAUUAAGGAACUGGUUAUACUCUGAUUUCUUGUUCCAUGUUCAUUUUAGGUUCUCAUUCCAAAAGAUUUUUGCUUUAUACGACAUGACGAUACCGAAUUCUGUCUCAGGAGAUUCAGAUUAUAUACCUUUGAUUGAUGGAGAGUCUGGAGUCUCCGUAGAACUAUCAAUGGGUGGUAAUUUAACUCGAAAUGUUGCAUUUCAAGCUUCUUUUGUUGCUAAGAGGAAAGAUGGUUCAUCAUUAAUCAGAGUAUUCACUUAUAAUCCCAAGAGAGUUGAAGAAAUCACUGAAUUCAACGGUUUAUCCAUAGGAACUUAUCUUGCAAGAGAAUCUGCCAAGAUAAUACUGGAAAAUCAGGCCAAAUCGCAUGCAUAUGAAGAGUUCUAUGAACACUGCGUGCAAAUGUUGUCCGCUUGGUCUCAGAAAGGCCAGUAUUUAAAGUCAAUUGACGAAAUGUUCCGAGAUGCACCGAUAAUGAUGUGGAGUUUGACUCAAUCUCAGUUAUAUACGACUAAUGAUAAAUUAGUGAUGAUCGCAAAUGCUGUUAAUUAUUGUUCUUUGUCGCAUUUGAGAUUAAUAAGAGAAUUAUAUCCAUUCUUUUUGUUGCCUCCAACAACUUUCUGCAACAGACUUGAUAAUAAGAACUUACAGAAUCAUACUACAGCUGUUUUACUGAAAGCAUUCUCUGGAAAAGUAUUUGGAAAUAUUGAAGCUUUAAACGGAAUCGAUGUUGAUAAUCUCCCUCUAUUUAUUGUUAAUCAGGAAGAUUUCCAGAGCGAAAUGAUAGAAAACAACGAACAUUCAUUUGAUUAUUUCUCUGAAAAAUUAGAAGUUGAAUGUAACAGUCGUAGAUUUAUAUAA